GUUUCCCCCAAAAGUGCCUAAGAAAGACCCUCUUUCCCCCCCGUCUUCGGAAUCCACCGGUGCCCUAGUACGCUGGCCAAGGGUCUAAGGGUUCUAGGGUGGUUGAGGGCAUCAGACAGAGACAGUCCGAGAGACGAUCCGAUCCCUGGAGGGUCCUCCUCACGAUAGAGGGAUAGAGGGAUGAUCUUGAGCGGCCUUUUGUGGCUGCCUAAUACUUGUCUCACUUGCUAGCUAACUAACGAUGCAAUGUUAAUGGGUUGCUGACAGUCUGCUUCUUUUCUGCCGUUCGUUUACUCUCUCGAUCAGACCCUGAAAACCCCUAAUUUCCUCCCAUGGUCGCCUCGUCAUGCGGUUCUUCAGAGACUCAGUGACUAGUAUUGCCCUACUUGCCGGGUCUUUUUCGCUCGUUACGACCGGUGUCAAUGCCCGGUCGCAGGCGCCAAACGCAAUCCAGCGAGUCUCGACUAUUGACCAGGCCACAAUCAAGACUCCCUCCACUCGAGUGCAUCACCUCUCUCAUUUUGAUAUCACUUUCACUAUUCUAGAUAACCGCCAACGAGUCAAACUCGAACUGGAGCCAAAUCACGAUAUUUUAGCCGAAGAUGCCUACGUGCAAUACCUCGACGAACACGGAAACAUUCACCAGGAGGAGCCCAUCGCGCGACAUGAACACAAGGUCUUCAAGGGGAGGACUCUCACCGGAAAAGGCAAAGGGACAUGGGAGCCUGUGGGAUGGGCACGUAUAUAUUUGAAAAGGGACGGUCCUCACCCGCUGUUUGAAGGAGUGUUCAACAUCAAGGGCGACAACCAUCACAUCGAGCUGCAGUCGACAUACCUCCAAAAUAAACGCCCGCAGGAUGUCGAGAUUCACCGGCAGAAGGAUGACUAUAUGGUUUUCUAUCGGGAUUCCGACAUGAUGCGGCCUCAGACGGAGCACCCCGAUUUAAAGCGAUCGCUAUCCAUGUCGGGCUCCUCGACAUGCGAGGCCGAGCAGCUGGGGUUUAACUCUAACCCUAACCACCCGGUUUUCCAGUCUUUCCGCCAGGAUGAGUCAAGUCGAUGGGCGUCUAUGCCCCUGACGGACUCCCUCUUUGGUCUCACCAAGCGUCAGUCGGACAUUGGCAGCGUGUCGGGCAACGCUGGCGGAGUCAACUUAGCAUCAACCAUCGGUAGCACCAAUGGCUGUCCGACCGCGAAACAGGUUGCCUUGAUCGGCAUCGCAAGUGAUUGCUCGUUUUACGAGAUGUUUAACACCAAAGCCGAAGCCCAAGCGUCGAUCAUCAGCACGGUUAACAGCGCCUCGAAUGUCUUUGAGAAGUCUUUUAAUAUCUCGAUCGGCUUGAGGAAUCUGACGAUUACGGACAAGGAAUGUACCAACUCCGCUUCCACUGGCGCGCAGUGGAAUAUGCCCUGCUCACAGGGCAAUAUUACCCAGCGCCUUGAUCUCUUCUCUCAAUGGCGUGGGUCGCAAACCGAUGACAACGCCUACUGGACCCUGAUGAGCGCCUGCCCCACCGGCUCGGAAGUUGGUCUGUCCUGGCUGGGCCAGCUGUGCAACAAUAAAGUGAGUAGUGACGGCUCUAACUACGUGAGCGGAACCAAUGUUGUCGUCCGUAGCGCCGGCAGCGGAUGGCAGGUCUUUGCCCACGAGUCCGGUCACACUUUUGGAGCGGUUCACGAUUGUACUGCAGAGACCUGUGCGCAGGAUUUACAGGCCUCAUCGCAGUGCUGCCCUCUGAGUACAACCACCUGUAACGCCGACGGACAGUACAUCAUGAACCCGAGCACGGGCACGGAUAUUACCCAGUUUUCCGCCUGUACGGUUGGAAAUAUCUGCUCUGCGCUGGGCCGGAAUAGUGUCAAGUCAAGCUGCCUGUCUGCCAAUAAAGGCAUUGUCACCUACAGUGGGGCUCAAUGCGGCAAUGGUAUUGUCGAGGCCGGAGAAGACUGUGACUGUGGCGGCGAAGAAGGCUGUGGGGACAACAGUUGCUGUGAUGCGACGACCUGCAAAUUCAAGAAUGGAGCCGUCUGUGAUGACGCGAAUGAUACCUGCUGCGUUGCCUGCAAAUACGCUUCCGCUGGGACGGUCUGCCGUGCGAGCAGCGGCGAAUGUGACCUGCAAGAAACCUGCAGUGGCAAUUCCAGCUCUUGCCCAUCAGACUCCUUCAAGCAGAAUGGGGAUAGCUGCGGUAGUAGUGGAUCCGGCUUGACCUGCGCCAGCGGCCAGUGUACUAGCCGGGACGCGCAGUGCCAAAGCUUGAUGGGCAGCUUGAUGCACAGCAACAAUACCUAUGCGUGCUCUGGUUUCUCCGACUCGUGCGAGUUAAUCUGUUAUUCCUCUUACUUUGGCGAGUGCAUGACCGUCAACCAGAAUUUCCUGGACGGUACUCCCUGCGACGACGGCGGUUUCUGCAGUAAUGGGAAAUGCGCGGGUGCAAAGAACUGGUUCGACGCGCACAAGAACAUCGUGAUCGGGGUCGCCUGUGGUGUAGGCGGCCUCCUCCUGAUCUCGAUUCUACUGUGCGCCAGCAGACGCUGUCGCCGAACUCGCUACACCAUGAAACCCGUCCCUGCUGGCGCGUAUUGGGCUGGUCCAAUGGCCCCCCCACCACCCCCUCCUGCCAUCUCCCAAAUGACCAGAUUACCGGGGCAGCCACCUCAGAUGCCGUACCAAACCUAUCCGUCUCCCCCCGCUGUAUAUCCAGGACCAGCACCAACACCCGGCGGUCCGGGUGGAUACACGUCUCCCAUGCGAUACGCAUAAUUUUGUCUUUUUUUUUUUUUUUUGGACUAGUGAUCUGUUUUGAGUAAUCCGGAAUGGGCUGCAUGGUGAUUUUAUGGUUCGGCGCAGGUAUACGGAGUAGAUUCCCUUCCCCGGGGGUGGGGGUUUAUUCGAUGAUUGGGCAGAUUCUAUAUUCCGCGUCCAUUUCCCCGAUUUGUUUUCUUCUACUUGGAAUCCAGUAUCUACUUACUUCCCUCCUUUGGCGAACCACCACACACACACCGGCUGUACAUCCAACUUUCUUACAUUGAUUGAACCUUGGUCCGAUUUCUCUCUAUUACCUCGCGUAGAACGGGGUAGUCGGGUUUGGGCUCUUGCAGCUUGGGAUGACUGGGAUGGGAUAGGAUAGGAUAGGAUAGGAUAGAUAUAUUCCUGUAUAUGUAUGUAUGCUGGGAAUGAAACAUGUACUACCCACGAC